CUAACUUGAACCUCAACCACCUCUGCGACAGCCGCAUUUCCAGCUUCUCCGCUUCAGAAUACCUGUUCUAGCAGUAGUCAUAUUCAUUCUUGACUCUUUCGCUCGCUCCAGCCUACCUCACGUCUCCGAGUUUCCCUUCGCUGUGAUUACAAUUCACGGCUCGCUGUAUUCCGCCCGUCAUGGGGUCCGCUCUCGAGAGUUUCAUGUCGUAUCUUCGAAUACCACUCCUAGCUUCUUCAGGCAUUGCUGCCUUGCUUAGCGGGGUCCUAUAUUUCAAGCAAAACGAGAUCAUCUACGCUAGAAACUUCCCACCCGAUGCCCGAACGAACGUCCCCCGACCGGCGCAGUUCGGAAUCGCCGAUUUUGAGGAGCUCUUCAUCCCUACACCCGAUGGAGAGUCUCUCAGCGCGUUCUACAUUCGAGCAAACAAGCAACACGCCCGCAAUGCCACUGUACUCAUGUUCCACGGGAAUGCAGGCAACAUCGGUUACAGACUGCCUAUAGCCAAAAUACUUGCCGAGGAGCUCUGCUGCAACGUCUUAAUGCUGCAAUAUCGAGGAUAUGGGCUGUCUUCGGGAACGCCGAACGAGAAAGGCAUAACGGUGGACGCUCAGACCGGGCUCGACUACAUCAGACAACGGCAUGAGCUUCGAGGAACCCGCAUAGUGCUCUACGGGCAGAGCCUCGGGGGUGCUGUAGCUAUUGGCUUAGCCUCAAAAAACCUGAAGCAUGGGGAUAUUGCGGGCAUAAUCUUGGAGAACACUUUCACGUCUAUGCGGAAGAUGAUCCCGAGCGCUCUUCCACCUGCGAAGUAUCUGGCCUCUCUUUGCCAUCAGGUUUGGCCGACCGAUGAGGUCCUCCCCCAGAUUACAGGCGUACCGAUAUUGUUCCUAAGUGGAUUAAAGGAUGAGAUCGUUCCUCCGUCACAUAUGAUCCGACUCUUCCAAGUGUGCCGCUCCGAGCCUAAGAUAUGGAGAGAGCUUCCCAACGGAAGCCACAACGACACCGUUGCCGAACAGGGCUAUUUCUCAUACAUUGAUGACUUCCUUUCCGAACACGUCGCUCGAUGAGGUCAUGGAUCUUGUUGAGAUCCGAUCUCUUCGUUCUAUUCUUGUAUACCCAGCAUAUUUUGGACACUCCCUCCACAGCGGCUGCGGGCGAGAAAAUAUGCCUUAGGAUUGGGGGAGAGCAAACUGAAUUGCAAUAUACUUCCCCAUAAGGCUAGUCUGUAACAGGGCUAUUUC